UUUCGGCUUUCCCCGAACAAACCGCGCGGUUCCACCACUCGAUCGAAAUCGAACAAAAGACUCCCUUGCUCCCUUCCAUUGGUUUUGCGUCUCCUUAUUCCAACAUAAAAAUCGCCCUCCGAUGUCGACAGCAGCCAAGCGUCCCAAGAUGGACAAAAAAGGAAAAACGGACAAGCGCAAUUACUACGCCAAAGCGUUUUCCGGCGGCGAUUCGAGAAGGAAGUACCUGGAACCGGGUCAGUGUGGUUUCAUGGUGACGUGCAACUUCCGGGAAAAGGAUUGCAUCCAGGAGAGCUACCGGCUACUGAACGAAUGUGCUGACGAGCUGUACGGCAAAGCGGAAGAAGACUCACAAAAGAAGAAGCCAGCCGCGGAUCAGGACGACGCAGAAGAAGAGGACAUUUCCGUGUUGGUGCAAAAUCAAGCAGAAGCCGUCAAGAAAGAACGACCGCAGUUCCGGUUCCAAUCGGUCGAAACCGGAGCGAAGAAUUGCUGUUUCAUUACGACGACUCUGAAGGAACCCAAAGAGCUAGCGCUGAAGAUUCUUCGCGACUUACACGAAACCAAGAAACGCAAAAGCCGCAACAUCCUGCGUCUAAUGCCUAUUGAGGUGGUCACGAGGGCCAAUCUGAAGGACAUCAUCGAUGCUUCGGGAUCUCUGUUCGACAAAUACUUCCUGAAAGAGCCAAAAACGUUCGCCAUCAUGUUUAACAAGCGUUUCAACAACAGCAUCGAAAGGACUGAAGUAAUCGAAGAACUGGCUGGUCUGGUUGCUUCGAAGAAUAUCCACAACAAGGCCAACUUGAAGAACCCGGAUCUGGCCAUUAUCGUGGAAGUCGUUAAAGGAUUAUGCCUGAUCAGCGUAGUACCCGACUACUUCCUGCUGCGGAAGUACAACUUGGUGGAGAUUUGUGCUGGAAGAGAAGAAGCCAGCAAAGAAAAAGUCUCAGAAGAUAAGAAGGGUGACGAUCAGGAAACGAAUUCCUCGAAAGCUGAGGAAGAACCAGAGACAUCAGAAAAAGAAACAGAUGGGACACAAGAAGGGGAGAAAGAAUUAUCAGAAGCAGGACAGGAAUCAGACGAAAAACCGGAGAAAAUGAAACCGGACAAAAUUCCUGAUAUCGUAGCAGAGUCAGCGGUUUAAUAACUCAUUUUUACUUUGAAUUGAUUUUAUAUUGAAGAUUAAUAAAAUAAAUCAAAACUCCA